UGUUCAAUCCUCAUGUGACUGUGAUUAAGUAUUGGUGCAUCAAUUUUAUGAGUAAUCAUGAGACUCGAAGCACACCUCUGAGGAUGAAAAUAAGACAUUGCUGACUGUUCAACUCGUAAGGUACUUCCCCUUCCUCAGAAAACAUUUACAUACUAACAACAUAAAUGUGGCCUGCUGUGUAAUAGAGUGCAUCCAGAUGCACUGGCUAAAGAUGACUUUCCAUUUAUGGCUUUUACUUUUCAUGACUCCUUCAGCGGUGGCAAAAUGUGGCAGUAAUAAUUAUUACGAUGGACUAAGUGAGGAUUGUCAGCCUUGCUCUGUUAGAUGCAACUCUCCCCCUGCUAUCUGUGUGACAUAUUGUAAAUCUACAGCAUCCUCUGCUAAUGAAGGAGGAGCGAACCGAAAUAUUCGUGUAAUCAUCAUAGUGCUUUUUGUGUUCCUUGGCGCUUUCAUCACACUGACUUUAAUUCAGGUUGUACGCAGAAAGGCCUGUAGACCAUUCAACAAAGCCAAAGCAGCUCAACAACAAGAAACAUCAGAAAGUGAUGGAGGUUCUGAGGCAACCGAGAAGUCGGAUGAUGGAUCAGCUGACGUGGAAGAUGCCACAUGCAAAACUUACUGCAAGACCAGUCUUCCACUUCCUUCCACAGAGGAGGGCACCACCAUGCUAGUCACCACAAAGACAGUGCAGACAUAUAACUGCAGAACCCAGUAUACAGAAGAUGUAGCAUUAGGUCUCUGGAAAGCUGAAAUUGUAUAAGAAGUACCUCAAUGAUAUAUACAAUUAUGAAGGCUCAAAAAUUACACAAAACCGUAAAUUGCACAGAAAGAUGGAUGACGUUUACCUAUAUUAUUCAGUUUUUCUUGGCUUUCAGUUUUGCCAAAUCUUGCUAUUUGAGCUGUUUUUCAUCCCCAGCUCUAAUUCACUUAGCUUUGCUUUAGUGUUUAGAUGCAUUUGAAGAGACUGAAUAUCUGGAUCAGGUGUAAUGAGGUUUGAGGUUGACCUAAACAAAGCAGCACAAACGGGCAUUGCUGAAGUCCGCUACAGACUGAGUAUACUACUUGUAAGUUAAGCAUAUCUUGUUCAGGAGGAAUGUAGGCUACUUCUGCAUUGUAUAGCAUCUUGAUAAUCAUGAUAAUCCUUAUCUUUGUACCAAGACUGACAAUGAAUCAUGUGACCACUUACAGGGAAUUGUAUUAGUUUCACUCCUUCAGGACAGAACAUGUAUUUUGUAUCAAACUUGGAUAAAGCCAUGCUGGGUUUGUAGCUACAAUGUUAUGUGUUUAUUAAAAACCCUUGUGCAUGUGCACAGCUUCAAAUUA